AUGAGUCUAUUUCAAUGUUACGGUUCAGAUAGUGAAGAUGAAGAAAAUGAAAAACAUAUAGAAGAGAAAGAUAAAGAAGAUCUUGAUAAUCACAAAAAUGGUGGUGGUGUAGGAACAGAUUCAAGGUCAUCUUCAAAUCUUAAAGAUAUCAAUGAUAAAGAUUAUUCUGAGUAUGAUUCAGUUGCGAAACUAUCGAUUGAAAAAGUAUUACAGAAACCUUAUGGUAUUAAAGUACAGAAUAAUGAUGAAGAAGACGAUGAUGACGAUUACAAACAGAAUGGAAGUAACAACAACAACGAUUUAGAGAUGGAAGAUUGUGAACCUGACAGAGAUUUGAUGGAACAAGAGACAGCUGACUAUGAAACGAGGAGAAAGAAGAAACCAAGAUAUCUAGAACCUCUCUAUUCGAUGAGAAACGACUUGAUUCAUACAACUCUAGAGAAUAGUACACCACCAAUCUCAUCGGAUAACAGAACACCACCUACACCGACACUCUACUCUCCACCGUACAUCAGUAACCCACCGACUUCUACCAAUCCUAAUUUCACUGGACUAUAUCCAAAUAUAUCGUCACCUACAAUAACAACAUCAUCAUCUUCAUCAACAACAACAACAACAACUAAUAAUCAUAACAAUUCACAUUCAUCAUCAUCAAAAAAUAACAAUAAUGAUCAAGAGGAAGAAGAAGAUGGAAAAGGAGAAAACAAUGAUAUAGAUGAACAUCUAAGAGAAAAGAUUAUUAAAUUACAUAAAAUGAAACAGGAAGGAUUAAACUUUAAUGAUUCUUUAAGAAAUUCAAUUGCGUUUAACAAUCCAUUAAUUCUGGAAAAGUUGAUAAGUUUCUGUGAGAUCAAAGAGAAUGGAUCGAAUCUACCGAUGUUUUAUUUUAAUCCCGAUGCAACUAAACCAGAUGAAUACUACGAUAAAAUCGAAGCAAAGCAGAGAGAAAUGGAAGAGAAGAAAGAAAAAGAGAGACUGCGGAUUGAUUCACAAACACCACCUAAACCAACUGCACCACAAACAAAGAAAAAAUCAAAUUGGAAUAAAUAUAGUCAAGCUGCUACUACCAAUGUAAAGCCUACUGUAGUUACGAAAUCAGUUAAAGUUGGUGCUGUUAUAACAUCUGCGCCGACCAUUGUAAAAAAGAAAGAAGAAGAGAAACCAGUACAAAUAAAUUCAAUAUUUAAAAGAAGAAAAUAA